AAAGUUGUGGUUUGUAGAUUGUUAUACAAUAAAUUAUGGUGUUAUCAAGGAUGUCUUGGACUACUUGUCAAGAUUGAGGUGUUGUGAAUCGGUCACAGGUUCGAAUUCCGCUUUCCCUUUGUACUUUGUACUGCAUUCGUCGCUCUUAUGGAUAAAAAAUUAUGGUGUAAUAAUUACACCCAAAGAUUUGUGUAAAAUAUAUAUUCCAUAGAAGUUCCUAAUGGUCCUAAGCAAAGCAAUGGCGUAAAAUACUGACACUACUGAGUACAGAGUAGUGAGUACUGACUACUAUUUCACGGCUCCAUCGAGGAAGUUCCACACUUCCACUUUCACCAAAAAAAAAAAGCGCCACCAGACCAUCAUCAAAUCAUCAUAUAUAUAAAAUGACAUGCAAUGACAUGAACUUCCAUUACAAAACAAACAUAAAAUAACAAAGUAUUGUAUGGUUACAAAAAAAUCUGGUAUGAAAUCUUACGAUUAAAGUUGCCUAAGCCUAAACUUGGCUCAAAGAAUCUCUCUUCUCUAAAGCAACCUUUUAUGCAAGCUAUUCUCACUUGAACACUUUCUCUUUCAAUUUUCAAUUCUUGUUCUAAAAACCUCAAAUAUAAUCCCAUUUCUCUUGAUAAUACUACAAGUUUUGAAAUUGAGCAAUUACAAUUGAGUUGUACAAUAUCAUAUGAUGAUGCCUAGUAAUAGAAGAGCAAUAACUCAUGCAGACUUGGCUCCCAAACCACGAGGUCUUCAACUCUCCAGCAAAACUGGAGCUCUUCUUACCAUUCUUUGCAUCCUCUCUGGUCUUCUUUGCUUCAUUCUCUCACUCUUCGCUGAAGCUACUCGGAGCGAGGUGACAUGGAUGUUAACAAAUAAUGAUAAGAAAGGGCAAAAAGGAAAGGCGGAUUACGAGUGUGUGUAUAGUGGAAGUGGGAAAGUGCCUUUGAUUUGUGCAUCCGUUGCAUUUGUAGCCUUGGCAUUUGCAAUGCUUGUUCAACAUUCAUUUAUGUUGAUUGCAAUUAGCAAGACUUCUCCUCCUGUGUACGUUAGCUGGGACCCUCACUCUUCUAGGCCUAUGAAAACUCUUACUUGGCAAGCUGCCUUUUUCUUCAUUUCUACUUGGGUGUGUUUCGCAGUGGGGGAAAUAAUGCUACUCAUAGGUUUAAGUGUAGAAUCAGGCCAUUUGAAAGAUUGGUCUUCACCAAAAUCAAGUUGUCUAAUCAUUCGACAAGGAGUUUUCACAGCAGCUGGAGUAUUCUCUCUUCUAUCAGUCUUCUUAGCUGCUGGUUUAUAUGCCACAGCAUUAAGGGUCCAGUGGCUUGGGCUACAACAAGAGAAUGUUAGACGAGAGAUCUUGGAAGCCUCUACAUUGUAUGCAUCUCCGCCUAGAUCACCCCAACGUGAUCGGAUGGCUCAAGAUGCAUCCACGAAUGUCGCUACACAAGAUCAAACGGUCCAAGUUUCGGCAUUGUCUCAACAUCAAAUUUUAAGUAACAAGGAAGAUAGUUUUGUAUAAAGAUGGAGUUGGUAAAUAUACAUAUUUGUGUGAUAUUGUUAUACUGAGAGAAAAAUUGCAUACAUGAUA